CGUCUAUCAUACAUUCGUUGGAGCAACAAGUCGGACAAGUCAGCUCACUGACACACUGACAGACAGACAGACAGCACAGCACACACGCAUGCCCAGUAAGUAAUUAUACUGAAUUAGAUAGAUAUCGAUCCCACGGCUGGCUGGCUGGCUGUCUGGCCAGCUCCAUGGCUGGGUCGGUCGGUAAUUGGCGAGUCGAGUCGAUUCGAGUCGAGCAUCCGUCCGUGUGCCGUGUGUUGGGUGCGCUGCGAUGCGUGCCGCCAAUUACAUAUGUAUGUCAUAUGUGUUUGUUUAUCUACACCACAGAGGGGGGCAGGGAUGGAGGGGGGAGCGAGGUAGCCAUCCAUCCAUCCGUCCAUCCAUCAGCUGCUAUAUUGCUAUGUGGGGGGCGAAGAGCCCCCUCUAAUGCCCACCCUCCCCUGCCUCUCUGCCUGUCUGCCUGCCUCGUUUGUCGCCCUCCUUAUCUCCAUCCAUCCAUCCAUCCAUCCAUCCACCAGGCAGUCCCCCCCACAACACACCACACCACAUCAUCUUCACCCCUUCCUGCGCUUCUCUCUUUCUCAUCUGUGUCUGUGCGCGUCUGCCUCCACCUGUUGCUUGUGCAACACGAGCAUGCAACGACCUCCAACGCAUCACAGCACUGACGCAUCGAAGAGCGUGGCAUGCCCAAGAUACAAGCAACAGGUGGAUGGCAAAACACGCACUCGCAGACCCACACACCCACAACACAAUACGUCUGACCUGCAUGGAACUCACUGACAGGAGAGUGCUUGUCCUUUCGUCGUGCGUGCGGCACCUCACGUGUGUCAGCCCGCCGACACCACCCGGGACAGACGGACUGUUUGGGGACAGGCCGUCCGCAGCAGAGGGUGACCCAGGACAACACCAGCAAGGCCCCACGGAAGCGACACAGCAAACGGAAAGACACCUUCCUCAGACCUUCCUUCGCUCCCCCUCCAUGGCUAUCUUCAAAACGCACGGACAUGCGAGCAUCGAGCACCUCACGGACUCAACAACACCAUACACACACACACAGAGAGAGAGAGAGGGCAGCCACCCGAGCAAACGCAGCAGCAGCAGCAGGAGCAAUCCCGGGUUAUAAAGCGCCCGCCGGCCGUCCCUCCCCAUCCACACCCACCCCCCACCCCCACACCCUAAAGCAAGCAAAAACGUUCCUCAGCCCCAAAACACACCCCACCCCACCCCACCCCGUCAGUCAGGCGGCCACCAUCGGUGCAUCCCGCAUCUCACGAUCAUGCCCCCCGCCGCCGCCAACACCGCCAUUCUCCAUCUCCUCCCGGUCCCGCUUCUGCCGCACCACUGGCACAUACGUCCCGCCGCCACUCCCACUACCACUCGCACUCCCACUGCGGCCGGCAGGCGCGUGCCCGCCCCCCGAGCUACGCGAUCCAUAUCCCUUGUGGUGAGGCUCGCCACGGUAGGGGCCUUUGCGGUAGGGCCCUGCCCCACCACUGCCCCCGCCCCACCCCCCGCCGCCCCCUCGUCCGUUGUGCUGCGGGGGCGGUCCCCCGCCCCUGUGGGAGUGAGGCCCCGCCCGAGAGCCCUGUGGCGGGGGCAUGUUGUGGCGAUGCGACGUCUCGAUGAGCGACGACGGCAGAUGCACCUUGAUCUCUGAUCAGGGGGUGGGUGAUGGACGGGCAAGGGGGAGACAGACAGACAGACAGACAUGUGUGUGUGUGUGUGUGUGUGUGCGUGUUGAGAUCAUGGUGGUGAGUCAGGUCACCUGCUCGUCCUGGUUCGGCUAGCUUGCAUGCCCUGGCGGUGCAGUGGGGAUCCCUCGGGUGGGCGAUGCAGUACGUCACCUCGUUCUCGCGCAUCCAAUCAAACACUGACACAGUGACACACGAGCAGCAUGGCGACGGAAAGCACACCCCCUUCUCUGUCUGUCUGUCUGUCUGUGUGAGGUGUGAGUGCUCGCGUCGUACGCGCGUCGACGUCGGUGAGGUUGUUGUUCUCGAGUCGCAGCCACACGGGGACCCAUCGCCUGUUGCCGCCGCGGCCCAGUGCGAUGCCCUCCUGAAUGGCCGUCUGACGACCCACAUUGUCGAACCUGACCACACACGCACCAACACGCACCACGCACAGCGGACACACCACCAGCAGAUCUAUCCGUGUGCUCUAUGUGUGUGUGUGUGCGCAGGGGUGGUGGUGUGGGGGGGGGAAGGGGGAAGGGGGGUGCGUGGCUUACUUGUCCAUUGGGUUGGGGUAUGCGGGGUAUCCCUCGUGCUUGGCGAACGUCCACAGCAGAUGCUUCAUGCCCUCGUCUGUGCCAGGGAUGACACCACACACCACACACACAGACACACAGACACACGGACACACACAUAUACCAAAGCAUGUGUUUCAGAGGCACACAUGUCACGUCAGGUGUGCUGCUGUGGCUGUGGCUGUGGCUGUGUGUGUAACUGCCUACCUGUGAGUUGGUUGUGCGAGAGGUGGACCUCCAGCACUGGGUGGGGAUUCAGGUAGAUGUAAUUGGCUAUCGUCUUGGCUCCUGCAACACACACACACACCAUAGCCACACCCACACCACACCACACCGACACACACAGAUGGACGGACGGCUGUUGACUAAGGUGCAUACCAUACUGGUCUGUCUGACUGUAUUGAUUGUAUGCUGCAUGCCCUCACCCACCCCAUCCCCCUCCCUCACUGACUGACCUUUGUCGGUGAUUUGGUUGCGAUAGAGCUUCAGGAUGUGCACAUGAAUGCGCCACGUGUCAAACAACGUCUGCACACAUCACAUCACAACACAACACACCACACAUCCAUGGGGUGCCUCCCGUGGGGUGGGGUGUGUGUGUGCAUACGGUGAGUGUCUUGACGCCCUCGUCGGUGAUGCUGUUCUCCGACGCGUCGAACACCGCUGACACGGCGUCCAACUCGCCCAGCUGGAACUCAGUGCGCAACGCACUCAUCCGCGUGUCCAAAUACCUGACAGACAGACAGACAGACAGACCCAUCGCACACACACACACACAGACAACCACACACACACACACUUGCAGGCGAGACGGGGCGUUCUGUCUGGCUGUGUGUGCUGGGUGUGCGUGUGUGGUGUGUGUGUGUGUGAGUGCUCGUCAGGCUAUGGGUAGUGUGUUGGUGUAUCUGAGUCUCCACAUCCUUCGGUCGAUGGACAACCGACGUCGGUGUGGUGCAAGGUACAGUGUCAUCACCCAAGCACCUCCCUGCCUGCCUCCCUCCCUCCCUGUCUGCCUUUCACCCUCCACCCUCCUCAGCCACCUACCUGCAGAAGGCGUCGAGAUCCCGAUCUUGCAUCAGCUGUCCACAGAGGCUCACAUGCAGCACCCUCUUCUGCUGGUCCACCUCCAGAUAUCGGUGAGGAUUCUCCAUGACCUCGCAGUGGCCCGACCGUGGCUUGGGCGCCAUGAAGGGACCGUGGCCGCGAAAGCCGCCCUGCCGGGGAGGGCCGUGAGGGCCGCGCCGAAAGGGGUGAGGCGACGAGUGAUAGUCACCGCCGCCGCCACGACCACGAUGGUAGCUCAUGGUGCCACGCAAGGCGAAAGACAGUGUAAUGAGAGGACGAGAUGAGGACGGGCAGGCGAAGCG